AUGAAACGGCACUACCCUGAAACCAGACAUCGAGGAUCACCAUCUGUCCAACGUGAUGCAGUGCCACCCGCCCAACCAGACGAAGGCUGGACGGACCCAGCCCGUUGGCGCGUCGACUCUGCCGUCAACGAUGCACCGAGUCGAGAAGCCAUGAACUAUGCACUUGCUCAGACGGGACAGCGAAGAUCGCCACCCGCCCAGGGCAGCGAAGGCAGGACGGAGGACCCAGCCAUUCGGCGCGUCGCCUCUACCGACGAUGCACCGAGUCGAGAAGCCAUGAACUAUGCAAGAUCGUCACCCGCCCAGGGCAGCGAAGGCAGGACGGAGGACCCAGCCAUUCGGCGCGUCGUCUCUGCCGACGAUGCACCGAGUCGAGAGGCCAUGAACUAUGCACUCCCUCAAACGGCGUCACUCGUCAAGCGCAACGAAGGCAGGACGGACGAGCCAACCCUUUCAGCCACCAGUGUGGCCACGCCCGUCCGGCCUGAAACUACAACCCCAGCCAUCCAGGCACCCCCUUCCGUGAAGUCCCUCUUCUCAGGGGCAAGCUGGGGCACGGACGACUGGAACGAGAGUGUUGUGGUGCCGGUAGGGAAACCACCUCAACCAACUGGUCGAGUGGCCUAUGCUUGGUACCUGGCCGGCGAGCCCAGGCAAUUUGAGGACUAUGCAUGUGCAAUCCUGGUUAAUGCGUGGUUUAUCAAGCAGAACGGCCUGAGGCCGAAUGCAGACAUGAUUGCCGUCCACUUCGAGGAGGUACCGCGCCCAGAGCGAUUCGAGAAGAUGGGCGUGAAGCUCAUCAAGGUGCAGGCGGCUGUCAGCCGGGGCAAGUGGCAAUGGUUGCAGUCGUUUCUGAAGCUUCGAGUCGCCAGUCUGUAUCAGUACGACCGCAUCAUCUACAUGGACGCAGACAGCUUCCCCAUCGGCAGCCUGGACAACUUGUUCGAUUUGGCGAACUUUCCGGUGGAGAUCGCGACUCCGAUUGCUUACUGGCAGGGGCAUUCUGCCAUGACCGGGGGGCCGGUGAUCAUCGACCCUCGUCGCGUCUUCUACGACCGAGAUUUUACCGGUGUCCUCGAUACCAACAUCAAUCUGCGUGACAAUUCAGAGAUGGACUGGGUCAACCGCCAUUUCAAAAACACGAUCUCCCUCUUGCCGGGGUUCUACGCGAUGCUCAUCAGCGAGUUCUGCGGCAAAGACCCCACCUACAGGUAUUGGCAGAAGCAUUUCGGACAAUCUGCGCGAUGGGUGCUCCAACAUGCUGCGGUGACGUUGGAGCGUGCUCAGUGGCUUGAGGACGGCGGGCUGCUUGAGAGCAACGCUGCCUCAGAGGCCAAGUCGGAGAUCAGGAGCUUCGUGGCUGGAGCGAAUGGCGCACGCGUCGGCUACCUGACCAAGGAAGGUCUCUUGGGCGCGCUGAAGGAGCUUGGUCUGGCGGCAAUCGGCAAUGCUGAGGAGGCUUCGGAUCUCACUCGGAAGCUGAUCGUCGCCAAGAAGGUGCACAUCUUCCGCCACCUCUCGAGCGAGCAGAUCAACAAGCUGGUUCAGUCGUUCGUGCUGCAGCGCUACCGCAAAGGUGCUCACGUCAUCAAGCAGGGUGAAGUUGGUGCCUCCUUCUUCGUCAUUGCCAGCGGAGAUGUCAAUGUGGAGAUCGAUGGGAAGUUCAUCCGCACCAUGACGAAGAACUCCUACUUUGGUGAGCGUGCUCUGCUUUUCGACGAGCCCCGCACAGCUACCGUGGAGGUCUCCUCUCCGGAAGCGGAGCUAUGGUCCAUCGAGAAGUCCACGUUCUCGUCCAUUGUGGCUGGCAAGAUGCAGCAGGAGCUGAUGCACCGGAUCCGCCUGCAACCACUCCUGCAAGCAGAGGGUCGUUUCGCCUGCCUCGUGUAUGCUCGCAUCUGGUGGAGGCUUCAUGACCUAGAAGUUUCUUACGUGCACUACUCCGCGCUCGAACUGUGCAAACAGUCUCCUGCGCCUGAUCUUUGCCUCUCCAAGAAACUUCCGGACAUGUUUGCGAAUCCAUCUACGCUCUCUUCCUUCGCGCCGGAGUUCCAGCCCAACGGGCCUGCUCCAGCGCAGUUCAUGCAGAAUCAGUAUUACUCCUCCUCCGCCACGUAUCAAUAUCCUGGCCAGGAGCAAAUGCAGCAAGGCGGCAUGAGCAGCUACUACGCGAACGCGGGGUACUCCUACGACUGCUACCAGAAUGGUGCUUAUGGCAAUGCUGCCUACACUGGCAACAGCUACAGCCAGGGCCAAUAUGGGACCGGUCAUUACGCCAACGGCAACUACGGCAACUACUCCAAGAACACCUGCAAUGGCCGGGCCCGCAACCCACGGGCAGCCGCCAUUAACCUCGACGACUUUUCCGACCUGUCCGACUCGGACUCCGACGCGGAGAUUGUAGCAAAGCCUAUGUCGGAGAAGAAGGUCCCGGCUGCACUUGAGACCUCCAGCGAUGCUGAGAGCUCCGAGGAUGCGGAACCCGCGGAGGAGCCGUCGCCCUCCGCGGCUGACGAAGCGGUGGACCUUCUGAAGGACACCACUUCGGAGGCCGCGCACUCCAUCAGCUCGGCAUCCUCGGAACCCGAAGAGGAGGAGCUUGGCCCUUUGAGUGAAGACGCGGAUACUGAUCCUUCGACCGUGUUCAGCCUGAAGCAGAUGUUGAUCUGGCGCGAGACCAUGCUGAAGUCAAAGGAGGAGCCCGUGAUCCUCUACCGUACGCAGAUCUUUGAAGCGACCCCCACUGCCGUCAAGGAGACAGCGCCUGCAGCAAAGACUCCGAAGGCCAAAGGCUCCGACAAGAGCAAGGCCUCAAAGGGCAAGCUGGAAGUCUCUGAGAAUUCCUGGGCUGCCCAGCAGCGCAAGCUAAAGCAAUCGGAGGUGUCCCAAGACCCUUGUUCGCAAGUUGCGCGGACCAUCAAAUGUAUCUUGAACAAGCUCACUCUUGAGAAGUUUGCGAGCCUCUCGCAGCAACUUCUGGAGUGCGGCCUACGUACGUCGACCGAUGUGGAGGUGUUGAUCCACGAGGUCUUUGAGAAGGCCACAACACAGCAUCACUUUAUCGACAUGUAUGCCGACCUCUGCGUGCUAUUGCACGAGCACUUCACCGCGCACCCCUUCGAGGAUUGCUCUGGCAAGGUGGACGGCCGCAAGAUGACCUUCAAGAGAUUGCUGCUGGAUGAGUGCCAGUUGUCAUUUGAGCGCCUGCUCUCCCCGCCGGAGGGGCUGGAACUUCUCCCGGCAGAGGAACGCACGGCGGCCGAGGUGCGUUAUAAGACAAGCAUGCUGGGGAACAUCCGCCUCGUGGGUGGCCUGCUCUCGCGUGGGAUGCUGGCCAGCAGAGUCGGCAUUGCCAUCCUCGAGGAGCUCCUUUCGAAUCCUACUCCAGAGGCCCUUGAGUCGGUCGCUGCCAUGCUGACAGUUCUGGGCCCCACGGCCGACAACAAGGAGUGGCCACAUCACACGGCCUUGAAGGCCGUCUUCGAUCAGAUCUCCACCAUCAUCAAGGCUAAGACUUGCCCCGCUCGCGAGCGUUUUCUUCUGAAGGAUCUGUUGGACCUUCGAGCUGCUCGUUGGGUGGACAAGCGCCCCAAGAAGAUCGAGAGGGCCAUGACGCUGGCUCAGGUGGCAGAUAGCGCGGCUGGCCGCAAGGUGGAGGAACGCCUCAUUCGCAAAGUGGCGUCCGUGCCUGCACCGGCGCCGGCGUUUGACCAGGAGAAGUUCCGUGAGGGCACCAAGAAGGCGUUGGUCGAGCUCCGCCACAGUGGAUGCAUUGACGAGGCUGUCGACCGAAUGAAGGCCCUGGGCGUGCCACCGGCCGGGGAGCAGGCUGCUGAGGUCUCCGAGAUCCUGUGCUUCGCCGUGCAGGAGGGCGCGGCCAAUGUCCGCGAGCUGGACUUCAAGGCCUUGCGUGCGGUUGUGGAAAAGGGCUGGAAGAAGGACGCGCUGGCACAGGGUGCUGGCCUCUUCACGAAGGAUGUUGCCCCCGACUUGAUCUUCGACGUACCCGGCUUGGGCAAGAUCCUGUCGGAGGAGUUGUGCGUGGUGCUUCCUGAGGCAGCGGAGGCAGUUGACAUCUUCCAAGGGUGA